CAAUAUCUACCUGAUUCUUGCUUUCUUUGUUUCUUCCCUUGUUUGAUGCCAAACCAAUUAGUAACCCUUUUGUAGCCAAGCAAGAACACAUUUCUUGGUCUUGGAAUAUAUAUUCUUGUGGCGAAAUGAAGUGCUUGGAGGGAAUGGAGUUCUUUGUGUACAAACGAAAAGAAACAAACCCAUAUUGCAAACAUUCGAAGCAGAGAGAUUCAAAUCCCUAAACCAAAAGGGAAUAUGGAAAGUGGUGAUCGAGUUAGUAGAUGGGAAGGGUAUGUGGAUUGGAGGAAGAGGCCGGCUUUGAAAGGCCGCCAUGGGGGAAUCAUUGCGGCAGCGUUUGAUCUUGUUGUGGAGAUAUUGGAGAAUUUGGCGUUCUUGGCAAAUGCAAGCAACUUGGUGAUGUACUUGUCGCAUUACAUGCACUUUUCUCCAUCAAAAUCAGCCAACAAUGUCACAGAUUUCAUGGGAACUGCCUUCCUUCUUGCCCUCCUUGGUGGCUUUCUUUCUGAUGCCUUUUUCACCUCUUAUCUCAUCUACCUCAUUAGUGCUGCCAUUCAAUUACUCGGAUUGGCAGUGUUGCUGAUACAAGCCAAGAUACCAUCGCUGAUGCCUCCUCCCUGCUAUCGCCACGCAAAUCAUGGCACCAUGUGCCAAGAAGCGAGCGGUGGUAAAGAAGCAAUGUUGUUUGCUGGGCUAUAUCUGGUGGCGUUGGGAGUCGGUGGCAUAAAAGGGUCGCUGCCGUCGCAUGGGGCGGAGCAGUUUGAUGACAGUACCCCACAUGGCAGGAAAAGGAGAUCCAGUUUCUUCAACUACUUUGUGUUUUGUCUGUCAUGUGGUGGGCUAAUUGCAGUCACACUGGUGGUGUGGGUCGAAGACAACAAAGGCUGGGAGUGGGGCUUUGGAAUUGCAAUGCUCAGCAUAGUUUUGUCCAUGAUUGUGUUCUUUGCAGGCUCCCCUCUUUACCGCAACAAAAUACCUAAUGGAAGCCCAUUCACAACAAUUAGCAAGGUUUUAGUAGCUGCAAUGUUUGGUUGCUGCAUUGGCAUGAACUCACGAAACUCGAUAUCGAGUAUGGAGAUGAGCCCGGCUCUUGAUGACAAGGAAGCUAUACAAAAUGAAAAGGAAAGACAUUCAACAGAUGAGGUGGAAGAGCCAUCAGAGAGCCUCAAGUUUCUAAAUAAUGCAGCUCUGAACAAGCCAUUCUAUUCAGCAUUAGAAUGUACAGUGAAAGAAGUUGAAGAAGUGAAGAUUGUGUUGAGAAUUCUACCAAUAUUUGCUUGCACUAUCAUCCUCAACUGCUGUGUAGCUCAGCUAUCUACAUUUUCGGUGGAACAAGCAUCAACAAUGGACACCAAAAUAGGUUCUUUCAAAGUUCCACCUGCAUCUCUCCCUAUAUUCCCAAUACUCUUCAUCAUGUUCCUUGCGCCGAUAUAUGAUCACAUAAUCAUCCCGUUUUCUCGGAGAAUAACGAAAACCGAAACGGGGAUCACUCAUCUUCAGAGGAUUGGAGUUGGGUUACUUUUCUCUAUUGGAGCCAUGGCUGUUGCAGCAGCUGUUGAGACUAAGCGCAAGAGAGUAGCCACCAAACACGGACUACUCAACUCGGCUCAGCCAUUGCCCAUCUCGUUCCUUUGGAUUGCCAUCCAGUACUUGUUUCUGGGAUCAGCAGAUCUUUUCUCAUUGGCUGGAUCAUUGGAAUUUUUCUUCACAGAAGCACCUGCAAGUAUGAGAUCCUUGGCUACAUCUCUAUCCUGGGCUUCUCUGGCUAUGGGGUACUAUCUUAGCUCAGUGGUUAUAUCAAUAAUCAACAACGUCACAGAUAGAUCAGACCACCAGCCAUGGCUGUCGGGAAGAAAUCUAAACCAUUAUCACCUUGAGAGAUUCUACUGGUUGAUGUGUGUGCUCAGUGGAUUAAACUUUGUGCACUACUUAUUUUGGGCUAUGCAGUACAAGUACAGACCAAAAGCACGACAAUAGAUAGAUAUAGAUAUAGAUAUGAUGCAGUAAUACUUACAGGGUUUCACAGAUUUAUUCAAAUAGAUUGAAAUUCCCGCCUUCCAUCCAGUGGAGAGAAUCUUGACAAGCACUGCAAAUGCUCUUAUCUUUCAGCUGGCAUGAGUCAGACAGAAUGGAAGGGUAAAUUUUUCAGGUGGGCGGAGAAUGAAAUGACUUGUAUCAGUGAAUCUGUGAUGCGUGGGAGAGAAUUAACUAUUCGCCAAAGCAUCUUUUUAUCAACCUCUUUGUAUUUGGUUUCCAUUAAUUGAAUCUUUCUUAUUGCA